AAGAGCCACCCCUUCCUGCCCAGCCCGCAGCUCCUUUGUGUCGGCAGCGGAGCCAUGGCUGAGGCCGGGAAUGCAGCGCGGAGGUUGCUCCAGCCCUGCAGCCCGCGAGGCAGCGCGGAGAUACCACAAAAGCAUCUGGCCCCUCUGGGAAAAGAGAGAGAAGCAGCCAAAGCCGAGGAGGAGCGGCAAAGCGAGGAGCUGCUGAAACAGACAGAAGCCGAGAGGCAGAAGAUCAUCUGGGAGUGGAAGGAGCUGCAAGGGUUUCUGGAGGACCAGGAGCAGCGGCUGCUGUCCCGUCUGGAAGAGCUAGAGAGAGCCAUUGUCCAGAGAAGGGAUGAGGGCAUCUGCAGCCUGUCCUGGGAUAUUUCCCUGUUCAGUGAGAGGGGAGGAGCGAAGGGACAGCAGCCACUGAGCCAACCCCUGCAGGCUGCUGGGCGCACUGGGGGCAGCAGGGAGGACAGAAUGUUUCAGAAGCCAGAGCCGGCGUUUGCGCAGCUGGAGAAGAGACUCAGCGAUUUCUCUCUGAAAAGUGCCAUGCUGCAGGAGGUGCUGCUGGGAUUCAAAGAGAUGCUGCGACGGGUGCUGGGGAGUGACACAGCCAUCCCGAUGAUGAUUAAUUUCUGGGAAACAUCCUCAGCAGAAUUAUUUGAAGGUGUUGCAUUGGAGAGUAAAGGUACAGAGGCAGUGGCUUGUGAGAAACAGGGUGGCAGAGUAACGCCCACCUUUGGCUCCAGAUUGUCCCAGCCUCCCACGGGACAGGGACGGGAAAUGGCUGUAGUGGAGCCAGUCCAGGGGCCAGUGACCUUCGAGGAGGUGGCUGUGUAUUUCACCAGGGAAGAGUGGGCUCUGCUGGACCCCCGUCAAAGAGCCCUCUGCAGAGACAUCAUGCAGGAGAACUAUGAGAAUGUGACCUUGCUCGCAGGUGAUGCAAUGGUAUGUGACAAAGAGGAACAGAAUUCUCAGCAGGAAAAUGUUGAGCAAGUGGAUAAACACAGAGAAUUAUCGCAAAGACCAAAAAGGAAUGUGUCCAGGAGUCAUGACCAGGGAAAAUCCUGUGAGAUUCAGCACAGACCAGAAAGAGAGAAGGGAAACCAGCCAGGGGAGAAAGUGGGUAAAUUUAUUUCCUGUUGGGGAACUCAGAAGGACAUCAAGGAAACCACAACCCAGCAGGAAAUCCUCAUGGAAAAGAGAAAAAAUACAUGCACUGAGUGUGGGAUAAACUUACAUGACUACUCAGCCCUUAUAAAGCAUCAGAAAAUACACACAGGUGAGAAACCCUGUGAAUACAGUGAGUAUGGAAAAAACUUCACUCGCAGAUCAGGCCUUUUUCUCCAUCAGAGAAUCCACAUGGGGGCAAGGCCCUAUGAAUGCACUGAGUGUGGAAAAUGCUUCGCUAAGAGCUCAGCCCUUUCUGAACAUCAGAGAAUCCAUACAGGGGAGAGACCCUAUGAAUGCAGUGAGUGUGGGAAAAACUUUACUCACAGAACAGGCCUUUUUCUCCAUCAGAGAAUCCACACAGGGGAGAGGCCCUAUGAAUGCUGUGAAUGUGGGAAAACCUUCAAUCGCAGUUCGCACCUUAAUAGGCAUCGGAGAAUCCACACAGGGGAGACACCCUAUGAAUGCAGUGAGUGUGGGAAAAACUUCACUCGCAGAUCAGGCCUUUCUGAACAUCAGAGAAUCCACACAGGGGAGAGGCCCUAUGAAUGCAGUGAGUGUGGAAAAUGCUUCACUAACAACUCAGCCCUUUCUAAACAUCAGAGAAUCCAUACAGGAGAGAGACCCUAUGAAAGCAGUGAGUGUGGGAAUACCUUCUCUUGGGACUCGACCCAUGUUAGCCAUCAGAGAAUCUGCAAGGGAGAUCAACACCAUAAAAACCUCUAGGGCUACCAAUACUUUUUUUAAAAAUACUUUUCCUGAUUCCUACAUAACUUUUAAAGCUGCUUGAACUGUUUGCAGCACCGUUAUCCCUCGGCUUCUCCAGAUGAGUGGGCCAUUUUUGCCUUUUGCAGUUUGCCCUGUUUUGAGGUGGACCUAUUUGUACUUUCUAUUGUCCCAUGGGUAAUUCGAGUGUGCCCUUCGUAUCAGGAACCAGGGAGCAUCAUAUUUAUACCAUUCCUCCUAUUGCAAAGUUAUUGUUAGUCACCAAUGAUACAAAUUGUAUUAUUGUCAGUUGUUCUCGCGUUGCUCUGGGUUUUGCUGAAGAGCAGUUAUAUUGGGAACUUUUCAAAUUAUAUGUAAAUGAAGAGAAGCAGGGGCCUGAAAAAAUGUCAUUUCAGCCUCUGUGACACUGGAAGGAGAUGGAGUAACUCAGAGAUUCCCUCCUUCCCCAUCACCGCAGAACUCUUACCUUUUGUCUGAGCCAUGAAGAGUUUAACUUCAUCACAUUCUAUCCAUCCACUUCUCAAAGUGUCAUGUGAUGAAGCUUUCUCUGUUGUCGGAGAUGAUGCUUUGACUUCUUUAAUCCUAUAUCAGAGUCACCAUGACUGGAGAUGAAAGUAUCAAAGACCUGGGAGGGGAAUUCAAAUGAAUCCCAAACACAAUGUGAUCAUUUGGAGUUUAAAUCCCAGGUUCCAUCUAUUGGCGAAGCCACUUCUGGCAAAGUGGCUGUUUUUUCCCACCAUUAUGGAGAUACUAAUUUACUGAAAACAUUGUAAAUAACAUAACUGACUUUUGAGAUAGUGCUGAGUGAAGCAGGUUUGAAUGGAUCAGAGGAGAAUGUGAUGGGAGAAUCUCUUGUCCUGAUUCUGAGUCAUCAGCUGUAACCUGCUCUGGAAUUUCACUUGACACUUCCAUUGUCAUGUAUUCUAUUUCUUUGUGAUGUGAGUUUCUAUCUUUCCUGAAGGCUGUUUGGUCAUCCAAUUGAACAUUAGUUCAGUUUGAUAGGAUGUAGCUCAGAUUUAUUGGAGAAUUUAAAACAAAUGACCAUUUGCUAAAGUCAUCAUUUCUCACUUCAGCUUUGCUUUCCCCCACCCCUCCAUGUAACAUGGAGAAAGUUCAAGUGCAGUUCUGUCAUCAGGAGAGAACUCUCCAAUGUACUGCACCUGCUAACAAAGAAACAGCAGUGAUUUAAAAUCUCCACUCGGAAAUGGUGAACAACAGCAGAACCCUAACUAACUGAAGGAAGUGCAUAUGAUCCUAGUGUAGUUCAAUUGUUUAAGUCAAUGUUGUCUCAGAUGAUCUGGGGAGAGAAUUCCACAGUAAGUGGUUUUUAAAGAAAGCAAAAUGCCCAUGUAUUUGGUUCCUAAAGGAUUUGUAACCCAGGCCCCACAGAAGAUCUCUCCUAGCUAAUCCUAUGGUAUCUGAGAUGCCCUUCAUGACACAGAUGUUGAGGAAAUAGAAGUGGGGGUUUUGUUGAAUUUAUCCUUUGUAGUUGCUAAAAAUGUGUAUAAAAUGAAAUCAAUGUUGGAAAUCUAAUAGCUUCAGAAAAAUAUGUAUUUUUGAAUAGAAACUUCAGGUCUGGUAACUAACAGAGAUUUGGAUCCAGCCCUUUAUCCUGUCCCUUGCCUGGAACUGUGCCAGCAAAUUAAAGAAAAACUGGGCAUGUUUUGGGAAGCCAUUCCUCACUAACA